AUGCGCGAGAAGACCACACCCAAAGGGAGGAAGCAGAUAAAGGUCUUCAUGGAAGGGGUUCUGGCCGAAACGCUGUUAGAGAAGGCUCGACAGCUGUCUGGCAUUGACACUCCAGCGCGGAACCAGACUGCUUUCAAAUUAAUUCUGGGACAUGGCGGUGUCCACAUUUACCCUGAAGAUUCGGGCACCACUGUCUUUCCGCCGAUCCUUCCCACCGAGCGCCCUGAGCUUGUUGUACAGGGGUGCCUGUACGGCAAAUUCAUUGCCCGUAUUCUGCUCCUGUGUUGUCAUGAUGAGUGUGGGGGUAUCCAAAAGGCCACCGACGAUAUGAUGAGACGGUAUCUCAGCGAGACCAAAAAGGAUCUGACCCUGGAAAAUUAA